AACGCUGGCAAGACAUUAAAUCCAACCUCCCUCCAUCCAGACGCUGCGCGCAGCCCAUCAACCUGAUCUGAAGAUCGAAAAUAGGAGGGCUUAUAGUAAUCAGCCCUCAGACUCUCAUGACAAGGAAAAGUGUGGCAACGUUGUGGGAGCGCUCGGCACACACAGCAGGACGCUCACUGGCGCUGCGCGCUGAGCGCACAACCAACCAGAGAGCGCGCAGACACUCGCAGAGAGACGGGGACGGUAGCAGCAUCCCGUGACGGAUGCAUUUUUUAGCUGAAUUCGGACGAUUUGGAGACUGACGGCAAGGAAAAACAGAGAGAAGCUGGACGGGAAAUAAACGUUUUUUUUUUCCUUUUUCUCUUGGAGGGAUUUGAACACAUUGCUUUUUUACCUUCGUCUUCUCCGGAUGCUCAGAAAUGGGGGAAUGGACUAUACUAGAGAGGCUCCUGGAGGCUGCUGUCCAGCAGCACUCUACUAUGAUAGGAAGGAUCCUACUAACAGUGGUGGUCAUCUUCCGGAUUCUAAUCGUAGCAAUAGUUGGAGAGACUGUCUAUGAUGACGAGCAGACCAUGUUUGUUUGUAACACCUUACAACCGGGCUGCAACCAAGCAUGCUACGACAAGGCAUUUCCCAUUUCACACAUUAGAUAUUGGGUUUUUCAAAUCAUCAUGGUGUGCACCCCGAGUCUUUGUUUUAUCACAUACUCGGUGCAUCAGUCGGCGAAGCAGAAGGAGCGGCGAUACUCGACAGUCUAUCUGACUCUAGAUAAGGAUCAAGAUUCCCUGAAGCGAGACGAGAGCAAAAAGAUAAAGAACACCAUUGUAAACGGAGUACUUCAAAACACGGAGAACUCCACCAAAGAAGCCGAGCCGGACUGCUUGGAGGUCAAAGAGAUCCCUAAUUCGGCAAUGAGAACUACAAAGUCCAAAAUGAGGCGACAAGAGGGCAUCUCCAGGUUUUACAUCAUCCAGGUGGUUUUCCGAAACGCGCUGGAAAUCGGCUUUUUGGUGGGUCAGUAUUUCCUGUACGGAUUCAACGUCCCGUCGGUGUACGAGUGCGAUCGCUACCCCUGCAUCAAAGACGUCGAGUGCUACGUGUCCAGACCCACGGAGAAGACGGUGUUCCUGGUCUUCAUGUUCGCGGUCAGUGGGUUUUGCGUGGUGCUCAACCUGGCAGAACUCAAUCACUUGGGCUGGAGGAAAAUCAAAACGGCCGUGAGGGGCGUGCAGGCUCGAAGAAAGUCCAUCUACGAGAUCAGAAAUAAGGACUUGCCAAGGAUGAGUGUGCCUAAUUUUGGCCGCACUCAGUCCAGUGACUCUGCUUAUGUGUAACACAUGGGGACGAAGACGUGAAAACAUGUAAAAAAAAAAAAAAACCCAACAAAAAAAAUAAAAUGGAAAAAAAAUGAUACCAUGAUGGACAUGAUGGACAGCUCCGCACGCCUAAUUCGUGUCAUGACUUUAAGAGUGGGCAGAUUUCUUUCUUUUUUUUUUUUUUUUUAAUUCCUUUAAGGACUUCAUGGCAAGCGUGGAUUACACGUUUGUUUACUUAUUUAUUAAUGCACUGAUGCAACUUUUUAGUAACGUUUAUACUCUGUAAGAUGCUUAAUGGAGACCAUGUUAACGUGUUCACGAAUUUACUCUUUGUGGGCUGUUCUGCUGUACUUGAAGGAGAGUAAAUGCAAAAGAAAAAUGAGAGAGAGAGAGAGAAAAAAAUUGCACUAAGAGGUGAACACCUGGGAGCCUGAUCUUAUCCAAAUGUGCUACAGACCUGACGGUGUUUUUAAGACAUUUUCUUUCCACCUUUUUCUGGCACCAACCUAAUUACCUGGCACCAUUAAGGAAAAAAAAACAAAAAACAAAAAACAAUCCAGAUUUAUAUAUGCAUUAGAUAUAUAAAUCCUUACAGACAAUGGUUAGUUCAAAUACAUCAGCUUACUUCAUGUUUUUUGUUGCCUGUGUUGCACCACUGACCUUAACAUAUGUAACCAUUCCAUUGCUUAAUAGCUGAACUUGCAAAACAGUAUCUGGUGAAUUUGCUGCAAACGCUAACGUCUGUGACUUCCUUAAUUUAUGACACACCAAAGCGCCCACUGCUUUUAUUUGUGAAGUGUUUUCUUGCUUUUGUGUAAUCAAGUGCCAUACUUGUAUAUAAACAUGAUAUAUAUAUGUAUACAUAUGAAUAUAUAAAUAUAUAAUACUCAUCAUAAAAGCUGAUUCCCUGCUUGAAUUAUGCUGAAUACCGCCCAGUUU